GGGCGCCAGCGCGGCUGAGAGCAUGUGGAGGCGCUAGCUGCAGUUCGGAUGUCAGUAUGGCGGGGAGGGGGCGGCGGCCCAGAGAGACGACUCCGCCCCCUGUGCGCAUGCUCGGGCCCUGGCGGGUUAUAAGGCAGCCGCGCCGGCCGGGCCAGACAAAGUGGAGAGCUGCGACGUGACUGCCUGGCCGCCUGGGUGCUCGAACAAGCAAACGAGGCAGCAAGCGAAGGAGGGGAGCCAGACCCUGGGCCCCGUGGAACUCCAGCCCGCGCCACCACGUCACGCACACGCUUGGCGCUGCGAUCCGCGAAUAUAACGAUAUUUGGAUUUGACCUCCAUUUUGGAAUUUAUCUACACUUGAAAUGCCACCAGCAGUUGGAGGUCCAGUUGGAUACACUCCCCCAGAUGGAGGCUGGGGCUGGGCAGUGGUAGUUGGAGCUUUCAUUUCCAUUGGCUUCUCUUACGCAUUUCCCAAAUCUAUUACUGUCUUCUUCAAAGAGAUUGAAAGUCUGUUCCAUGCUACCAGCAGCCAAGUGUCAUGGAUAUCCUCCAUAAUGUUGGCUGUCAUGUACGGUGGAGGUCCUAUCAGCAGUAUCCUGGUGAAUAAAUAUGGAAGUCGUACAGUUAUAAUGAUUGGUGGCUGCUUGUCAGGCUGUGGCUUGAUUGCAGCUUCUUUCUGUAACACAGUAGAGGAGCUGUACUUCUGUAUUGGAGUCAUUGGAGGUCUUGGGCUUGCCUUCAACUUGAAUCCAGCUCUGACCAUGAUUGGGAAGUAUUUCUACAAGAAGCGACCAUUAGCCAACGGACUGGCAAUGGCAGGCAGCCCUGUGUUCCUCUCUACCCUGGCCCCCCUCAAUGAGGUUUUCUUCGGUCUCUUUGGCUGGAGAGGAAGCUUUCUGAUUCUUGGGGGCUUACUACUAAACUGCUGUGUAGCUGGAGCCCUCAUGCGACCAAUUGGACCCAAGCCAACCAAGGCAGGGAAAGAUAAGCCUAAAGAAUCCCACCAGAAAGCUGGAAAAUCUGAUGCAAAAAAAGAACAGGGCGAUACAAAUAGAGAUCUCAUUGGAGGACACCCCAAAAAGGAGAAACGAUCCGUCUUCCAAACAAUUAAUCAGUUCAUGGACUUAACCCUAUUCACCCACAGAGGCUUUUUGCUCUACCUCUCUGGAAAUGUGAUCAUGUUUUUUGGACUCUUUGCACCUUUGGUCUAUCUUAAUAGUUAUGGGAAGAGUCAGCACUAUUCUAGAGAGCAGUCUGCCUUCCUUCUUCCCGUUCUGGCUUUUGUUGACAUGGUAGCCAGACCAUCUAUGGGACUUUUAGCAAACACAAAGCUAGUAAGACCUCGAAUUCAGUAUUUCUUUGCAGCUUCCAUUAUUGCAAAUGGAGUGUGUCAUAUGCUAGCACCUUUAUCCACUACCUAUGUUGGAUUAUGUGUCUAUGCGGGAUUCUUUGGAUUUGCCUUUGGGUGGCUCAGCUCCGUAUUGUUUGAAACACUGAUGGACCUUGUCGGACCCCAGAGGUUCUCCAGCGCUGUGGGAUUGGUGACCAUUGUGGAAUGCUGUCCUGUCCUCCUGGGGCCACCACUUUUAGGUAAGCUCAAUGACAAGUAUGGAGACUACAAAUACACAUACUGGGCAUGUGGCAUAGUCCUGAUUAUUGCAGGUAUCUAUCUCUUCAUUGGUAUGUCCAUCAAUUACCGACUUUUGGCAAAAGAACAGAAGGCAGAAAAGCAGAAAAAGAAAAGUAAAGAGGGAGACACCAGUAUAGAUGUUUCUGAGAAGCCAAAGGAAGUUACCAAACUAGCAGAAUCUCCGGGCCAGAAAGGCACAGAAGGAGGCCCCAAGGAGGAGGAAAGUCCAGUCUGAAUCCACGGAGCUGAAGGGUAAAUGGAACAGUUCAUGACCCAGGAUAUCUGAAAAUAUUCUACUGGCCUGUAAUCUACCAGUGGUGCUCAAUGCAAAAUAGUGGACAUUUGCGUGGAAAUCAUACCAGUUGUUCAUUUAUGGGAUUUUUGUUUCACUCCUUACCAACAGCCUGAAUUUAAAAUGCCAUAAGCUUUGAGGAGGGAGUGGUUGGUGGCAAAGGAUACGGGAAAGAAGUAGGUUUCAUUUUGUUUUGUUUUGUUUUAGUCUUAGCUUUUAACAGUGUCAUAAAGAUUAUAGUAUGUGCCUUAAGUUUUAGUCUUUAGAGAGCCUUAACUUCUUAAACCAUUUUUGCUGAAUUCAUCUAUUUUGAGUGUUGUGUUAAAAGGAAAAGUAACAACUAACUUGUUUGAGGCAAAUCUAAAAUUUAAAGUUAAUCUUGCUUCAUUGUUAUAUGUAAUAUAUUUCAGACAUUUUCACUGGAAGAUUUAUGAACAGAAAUAUUGGUUGAAAGUUAAGAGAUUUUAUAAAAUGCUGACAAAAAUAUUUUCCUGGCAUCAGUAGAUUUUUGGCAUAUGUUUCUGCUAGCUAUGUAUUUAGGAAUUCAAAGCGUAAAACUUUGGAAACAUCUUGGCUGUUCUAGACACGGUCUACUUGUCAACCCCUCUCAGGUACCUUUUCUUAGGAUGCUUAUUAGAAGCCAAGUAAAGUGCUUAAGGGCUGUUUUCAUUAAAUUAGCUACUUUUUCUCCCCUGUUCAAAGAUGCACUGUGAGUGGUUAUAGAUCAUUGUUCUUUUUGAAAUCACCUGGUAUUAUUUUUCUCACUGGAAAAGUUAGUAUUAAAAUCUUCAAAGCUACAUAUUUGUGCCUCCUUGGUAAAUACAACACAUCUAAUUAAAUAUAGACAGAUAUUUCAAACAUCAGCUGAAUUCACUUAGGUUUUUCCAAAACCUCAGUUAAACUGUGAGACUAUUGGAAUUUUUUUUUCCUGGAAUUUUUCCCCUUUGAUUCACAGUGGUCCCAUUUAUAUCUGCUUCUAGCUUAGAGCUGUGUGUGAGAUAGGUGUACGUGUUUGGUGUUGGGGUUUUUUUUUUUUCUCUCUUUUUUUUUUUUUUUGUUUGCAAAUUUAUAAGGGCCAGAAAAAUUUGGCACCAGGCAAACCAAUAAAGAUAAAAUUGGGAGAGAAGUUGCUAAGUGUGCUUAGUUUUAAUAAGUGAUUCCUUCUCUUUUUUCAGAGAAGCCUUAAAGAAAAUUGUUAUGCUUAGAAUUAUUGGAUGCAUUCUUACUCUCCACACAAACCUAAAAAUUUUGUGUCCGUUUUCAUUUACCUGAAAAGCAGAGAAAUGGGUUCAGUAUAAGGAUAAGGAGGGAAGAUGGACCAGAAUGAAAACUGUAAAUAUUUUUUAAACCUUAUAUCACUUAAAUCGAGGCAGAAAGAUAUAUUCAAUGAAUUAUAUUCAAUGCAUUUAAAAUACCACUGUAAUUGACAGAGUAAAAGUAUAGAUACAAAACCUUGUGUAAGAGGCUGACUUUUCCAAAUAAACUUUUUUUAAGAAAUAUUUUUUCUUCCAGAUGUCUAUUUUCUUGAGGAAAAUAUUGCUGUGUCUUCAUUUUCAUUACCAUGUUUCACUUUGGGCCUUGUUAAAUUGAUUGAAUUAAAUCAUCCAGCUUAUGAACCUUGA